AUGGCUCCGUUAAAAGCUGUCAAUCGUCCUGUGGACCCCAAGGAGAAGGAUGAGGACGUCAACAAUAAACUCAGGCUCUACGGAAUCUAUCGUGGCUUUAUCAAUGGCAAGCUGCCAUCAAACAAACAAUGCGAUGUUGCUCUAAACAGCGUCAUCAACUCCAAGUAUCUCGCAUCCCCCUCGAAGGAGCUGUCGGAGGAGGGUCGGGCCCUUGUGAAGGAUCUUCGUGAUGUUAUUGAACAAGCGAAGCUCCUAUUCAUCACCAAAAAUGAAGGCGACCUUCUGCAGGAGUUCAUCUGGGAAUCUCAGCAUAUCAGGCCUCCUGACGUGACAAAGAUGGAUGGGCCGGUCGACAAGGAAAGCGCCAAACAAGAUACCACCAAUGCUGCGCAGGGAUUGAAGACUCUGGGUACUCUUAUAAUCACCAAUGGAGAGUUCCGCAAGUUGCUCAGUGACGCUGUCGUUCUCCUGCGCGAAAUCGCUGGAGAUGCAACCCAGAAAGUUGCCGAAAAGGUUAAGCCAUCUGAGGAGGAACUCUCCCAGAUUGAGCAGCCUGCAGAAGAAAAUGCCUGGCACGAUAAGCCGAACAUUUCCAGAGAGCAACUCACGAACAAGUUCAAGGCUCAGGAUCCUAAAGAGGUCGAGGAGGCAGCCAACGCGGCCACAAAAGCAGCAAUUGGUGACCGGGAGAGUGCUCCUAUCUCCGAGAUUGAUUUUCGCGCUGGUGGUGCUGCAGCUGCUUCGCGUCUCAAAGAGACUGCAUCGACUGCAUCCCAAAGUGUUAGCGAGGAUGCAAAGAAUCGCGCCAAUGAGAUUGCACGACAGACCCAGGAAUUCUUUUCCAGCAAGAUGCCUCCGGAACGGCGUGAUAAGCUCCUCUGGCGUCUGAAGAAGAUGAUCCUCGAGAUCCAGGGGCGUUCUGACUAUCAGCAAGCUAUUCAAACACUGUUGUCUCUCAUAGACACCUAUGGAGGCCAUGUACAGAAUGUGUCCCAGCAGGGCACUGGCACGCUGAAAUGUGCCAGAACCGACCCAAGUUUGCAAAGGGCCGCGACUGAUCUGAAGACUUUGAUCGAGCGAUUUGCGAACAGCACAUCGACCGAUGAUUUCUUUGAGUCGGUCAACAAUUUCUAUCGUGAUGCGGAUCGGGACCCUCAAUUGAAGGACUGGUUCAAAGAAAUGAAUACUUACAUCAGGAAAUGCUUGUGCGAGCAAGGUUACAUCAUGCAGGAUGCUGCCACGCAGGAGUGGAAUAAACUGUAUGAACAGGGCAGCUUCUUGUUGCGCGACCGCUACAGAAACCACGUUGAGCGUAUUGUUGACGAGAUCAAAUUCCUUACCACACAAUUCUAUGAGGACCCUCAGAAUAAGGCUUUGAGCAAAUCUCUGCUAAAGCUCUUCAAGAAUCUCGGUACAGAUGAGAGGGGAUUCCCAAAGUUCAAGCCGCAUCUCUUAAAGGACAUUGCAACCGUUGUCAUCCCAGAGAUUUUCGAGAACCUUCGCUAUAUCCCUCUCCCUCGGAUUGAAGUCUCUGACCAAUUACUUGACGCGGUCGUUGAUAAUAUCGUCAUUGAGAGUGACAACCUGACACCCAAUGUCUUUGAAUUUGGCUCUGACAACUAUUGGCGCUGGGGUCGGAAGGGAAUCAGUAACAAACAUGAUCACAGGAUCAUGAUCGCUGCAUCUGGAAUUCAGGCCGAUAUUAAAGAUGUCAGUUACUAUAUCAGGAAGAAGCAAGGCUUCCCCUCAAUCACGGAUACUGGGGUCAUGGACAUCUACCUUGGCGGUGAGGGGUUCAGCUUCAAGAUCGCAGCUGCAACACCCACCGACGGCGACAGGCAGCGCUUCGUCAAAGCGGACAGAGUUUCUGUUACCGUCAGGAAUCUUGACAUUAAGCUGAAGAAGUCCAAGCACAAAAUUCUCUUCAAUCUCUUCAGACCAAUACUCUUCAGUGUCGUCAAGCCAGUCGUGCAGAGAGUGCUCGAGAAGCAGAUUCGAGACGCGUUCGCCAAAGCCGAUGCAUUUGCAUACAACGUAUACACUCAAGCUCAGCGUGCCCAAGCGUCUAUCAGAGAAGAUCCCAAAAACGCUCCGAACGUCUACUCUCGCUACGUUGAUGCGGUCCGCCAGACGCUCAUGGAGAAGAGGCAGAAGGCUGAGAGUAUUGCUCAACAACGUCAGACCAAGAUGCAGGUGACGGCCACUCAACACGACGCUCUCUUCAAGGACAUUAAGUUGCCGGGCCUCAUUACCAACAAGGCAACGGAAUACAAGGAACUGGCCACUAAGGGCGACCGCUGGCAAUCUCCAGUCUUCGAUAUUGGCGGGGCUUCGCAGUCCAAGGACCUGCCCAAGCUUGCUCCAAUCACCCGUAAGCCGCACGACAGGGCGGAGGGCACGUUAAGGGAGCGUUCUCAGGGACCUAACGGACACGCCGUGACCUAUGAGUCCCAAAGCGGUGUCGAGGUGGUUGGUGAUAGUGGUUUUACCAAGCAGGUCGACCAGGCCUUAGGAACUAUCGCAGGUCCUGCAGAAUCACCAGCCCCUGCAGAGUUCCUUGUGUGUUCAUAUCGUUUGUCUCGCUUUUUGACUCGCGGUAUUAUUAUUCAUGUGGAUGUUAGUCGACUGUUUGUAGUUGCAAAAGACACUGGUUCCAAUAAAAUGUUUUGCAAACCAAUUGACUGUACUUUCUCCUGCGUACUUCCAGUUUCUUCCUCCGCACGCAGUUAUUCACGUCUCCGGGGCAGAACCCGGCCCCUAUCCUCAGUCGGACGCUCACUUCAAACAAUUGGCGAAAUAAUAGAAAUACAGCAAGCAGCCAUGCCUCCAUCGCAAACAACCGCGGCGUCAACCGCGCCCUCUCGCAAAGCUGUUUCGAGGCCGGUCCGCACCUACCUUGUCGCGUAUAACGUCAUCUGCUUUGGCCUCUGGGCGACUUGCACACUGCGAAUGGCACUGUUGGUCCCCAUUCUGGCACCGAUCGGCCAUGUCCCGGCCAUAUUCACGCAUCUAUUCUCGCCGCUGUUGACGGUAGCGCAGUCGCUGGCGUUUCUGGAAAUCGUGCAUUCGAUCGUGGGCAUCGUGCGGGCGCCUGUGUUUACUACUUUCCUGCAAGUGGCGAGCCGAUUCCUGGUCGUGUGGGGUGUCAUGUUCCUAUUCCAUGAGGGUUCGGGCUUUGUUGCUCCUGGUGAGGGUAUCCUCGGAGGCGACUAUGAGGGAAUUGUAGGAAAGGGAGCCCUGCCAGGUGAAGGCGCUCAGGUUGGGGACUGGGCGUUUCUGGGCUGCCUGGCUGCGUGGGGAGUUACCGAGUGCAUCAGAUAUGGAUACUUUGCUUUGCAACUUUGGGGGAAAGGUGUGCCGAGCUGGUGGACGUGGUUGAGAUACAACACGUUCUAUGUUCUCUAUCCCAUGGGAAUCAGCAGCGAGUGUGUCCUGGUCUGGAAGGCUCUCAAACCUGCUGCAGAAUUGCACCCUCUGUAUCGGUGGUUCUUGAUCGCGACGCUUGUGAUCUAUGUCCCAGGAUCCUACAUCCUGUACACGCACAUGAUGGCGCAGAGAAGAAAGGUCUUGAGGGGAAAGAACAGGGCAGACUGA